ACCGAUCGUCGACUUCCAUAAUCCAUGCUCCACCUUUGUCAAAUCAAUGAAACCUCAAGGAUUCCAUCCAUUCCCUUGGAUUUCAAAAGUGUUUGAAAUUACGGUACCCGUCUAAGAAGUUGCGAAAACAAUCAUGGGAUCUGUCGAUGAAGAGAGAUCGCUUUUGGAAGCUGGACAUGUUGAUCAGGCUGAAAGCAGUGCGCUUUACACCGGGGAUGGCUCCGUUGACUUCAAUGGGAAUCCUGUUCUGAAGCAGAAUACUGGAAAUUGGAAAGCAUGCCCUUUCAUUUUGGGUAAUGAAUGCUGUGAGAGGUUGGCUUAUUAUGGGAUAGCGACUAAUCUUGUGAGCUAUUUGACCAAGAAACUGCAUGAAGGAAAUGUAUCGGCUGCGAGAAAUGUGACCACUUGGCAAGGAACCUGCUACCUUACACCUCUCAUUGGAGCUGUAUUAGCAGAUGCAUAUUGGGGAAGAUAUUGGACAAUAGCUGCCUUCUCCACCAUCUACUUCAUUGGAAUGUGUACAUUGACUCUCUCAGCAUCAAUUCCUGCACUGAAGCCUGCUGAAUGCAUGGGAUCUAUUUGUCCCUCGGCUACCCCAGCUCAGUAUGCUGUAUUUUUCUUUGGGCUCUAUCUGAUUGCAUUAGGGACGGGUGGAAUCAAACCCUGUGUCUCAUCCUUUGGGGCUGAUCAGUUUGAUGAUACUGAUCCCAAAGAAAGGGUGAAGAAGGGGUCCUUCUUCAACUGGUUCUAUUUUUCGGUCAACAUCGGCUCUCUGAUAUCAAGCAGUUUUCUGGUGUGGAUUCAGGACAAUGUUGGAUGGGGUCUUGGAUUUGGCAUUCCAGCAUUGUUUAUGGGCCUUGCUAUUGGAAGUUUCUUUUCAGGCACAUCUCUCUAUAGAUUUCAGAGACCUGGAGGAAGCCCUAUUACAAGAAUGUGUCAGGUCGUGGUUGCUGCAUUUCAUAAAUGGCAUCUUGAGGUACCUGAAGAUAGUACUCUCCUGUAUGAAGCCAGUGAUAAGCACUCUGCCAUUGAAGGAAGUCGGAAACUGGAGCACAGUGAUGAUUUGAAGUGCCUAGAUAAAGCUGCCAUAGUCAGUGAUGUUGAAACCAAAAGUGGGGACUUUUCAAACUCCUGGAGGCUUUGCACUGUAACACAAGUAGAGGAAUUGAAAAUUUUGAUCCGCAUGUUUCCUGUCUGGGCUACUAUAAUUGUGUUCUCUGCUGUUUAUGCCCAAAUGUCGACUAUGUUUGUGGAACAAGGGAUGAUGAUGGAUACAAAGAUUGGUUCUUUCUCUAUUCCUCCUGCUUCCCUCUCAACUUUUGAUAUUUUCAGUGUCAUUUUUUGGGUUCCCGUCUAUGAUACGAUAAUUGUCCCGAUAGCGAGAAAGUUCACAGGCAAGGAACGGGGCUUCUCAGAGUUGCAGCGUAUGGGAAUCGGUCUCUUUAUUUCAUUCCUAUGCAUGUCAGCCGCUGCUGUGGUGGAGAUCAGGAGGUUGCAGCUCGCAGAAGAGCUAGAUUUGGUUGAUAAACAGGUAGCAGUACCCCUCAGUAUUCUUUGGCAAAUACCUCAAUAUUUCUUGUUGGGUGCGGCAGAGGUCUGCACAUUUAUCGGACAGAUCGAGUUCUUCUAUGAUCAGUCCCCUGAUGCCAUGCGUAGUUUAUGCAGUGCGCUUGCACUCCUAACUACAGCUUUGGGCAAUUACCUGAGUUCUUUCAUUCUGACUGUUGUAACCUACUUCACAACAAAAGGCGGCCAAGUUGGUUGGAUACCGGACAACCUUAACGAGGGUCAUCUCGACUAUUUCUUCUGGCUCUUGGCUGCCCUCAGCUUACUGAACUUGUCGGUGUACACCUUCUGCGCUUCCAGGUACAAGCAGAAGAAGGCUUCUUAAAGUUCCUUCUGAUAUGGAGAGAAUUUCAGCUGUAAUGUUAUUUUGAGAUAAAAACUUCAUGCAUCUCAAU